AUGAACUCGCCUGAGAAAUCCCGCCAAACUUGGGCUGCAAUCUCCAAGUCACUUUUCGCCGUUGGUAUCUUCGCGCAGGUCGCGAUCCUUCUUGCGAUUCUAGGCUCCUACCUGGGCGUUUACCCUUCCACCAACUCACCACUUCCAGAUCGUGAAGUCGCUCGAGUAUCCAGCAAUGAUGGCUUGACUUUGCGACACGUCAUUCAUCAUGGUGCAGGCCGGCCGGGAGCACGUGCAAGGAGGCUGGACGUGACAGCCGACAGAGUGGUCCAAGCUGAGGCCGCUGGCCAUUUCGGACCGUUUGUUGUCAAGAAAGCUCCCAUUGUCAUCGAAAAGCCAUCAAGAAUACACAAGUAUGAUGGUCAAAGACCAAUGUGGUCGACGAUGUCGCCAAUAUGGGUUGCCGAAGACGUUGCCGCCCCUGACGUCGAAGACAAGGACACGAUCAUUAGUCUGGCAUCAAUGUCUGAAGAUGCCUACAAGCCUGGCCCCGAUGAUUCGGAAUGGAUGGAUGUCGAUGGAAGCUACAACUCAUCUGUGCCUUUUGGUUGGGAUGACAGUGGCAUUAGAGGUCAUGUGUUCAGCGAUGACAUGAACACUACUGUCAUCCUGUCUGUGAAGGGUACCACAGUCGCCAUGUUCGAAGGAAAUGGAACAUCUGGCCAUGACAAGGAGAAUGACAAUUUAUUCGGUUCCUGCUGCUGCGGACAGGGCGGCUCGUAUUGGUGGAAACAGAGCUGUGAUUGCAUGACCGGCACCUACUCCUGCGACGACAAGUGCGUGAGGGAAGAGCUGAGGAAGCCGAACAGAUACUAUCAAGCGACCCUAGAGCUCUACGAAGAGGUACUGCGGAUCUAUCCGGACGCGAACAUCAUCACAACCGGACACAGUUUGGGGGGUGUUCUCGCCUCCCUGAUCGGCCUGCAGCAUGGCAUUCCGGCGAUCUCGUUCGAAGCGUAUCCGCAAGCCAUGGCAGCCAAGCGUCUCGGACUGCCCGCGGCUGGUGAUGUCGCUCCACUCCGAAAGAACACAGGAGGCUUCCACUUUGGACAUACGGCUGACCCUGUCUACAUGGGCACCUGCAACGGUUUCUCAAGCUUCUGCUCCAUUGGCGGCUACGCUUUUGAGACACUGUGUCACACCGGAAAGCGCUGUGCCUACGACGUUGUCAAAGACUGGGGGUGGCGACCAAGCACAUCGACCCAUCGCCUGAGGUACGCCAUCGAGAACGUAUACAAGAAGUACGAGGAGGCAGCAACAUGUGUGGACGAAGAUGUCACGUGUGUAGACUGUUUCCUAUGGAAGUUCGAAGAUGGGACGCACACCACACCUGCGACGACAUCAACGGCUGCCCCCACAUCGCGCACUAGGACAAGGACCGAGACCUGCAAAACGCCUGGCUGGUGGGGAUGCCGUGACGAAACUUCGACGACUGCAACAGCAACAUCAACAGCGACGUUGACGGAGCCCGUCAUCACGUUUACCUCCGAAUCAAGUACCAGCACAUGCAAAACGCCCGGCUGGUUUGGCUGCAAAGACAAGACCACAGCAUUAACCACGAGUCCUUCAUCAAAAGCGACUACAACAACAUGCACGAGCAAAGGCUGGUUUGGUCGUUGUGCUGACGGUGCACCUGUGACGACUACGCCAGCAGCAGAGGCAUAUACCUACUAUCGCACAGCACCGACAGCAACUCGAAUGACGCCAUAG